AAGAAGAAGAAGAAGAAGAAGAAGAGGAGGAGCUGCUUUGUUUAAGGGAAACAGCGACCGUCUGAAUAAAGACUCGAUCAACAAAGACUGUGAAAGUCCUCCGUGUUCUGUUUUUACUGAGAACCAAAAUGUCGGGACUGCAGAGUCUGAAGGUUUUUAUCAGCCAGCGGCUCACGGCUGCUGUGGACGAGGUCCUGGGACACUUAGAGAGAACCAUCCGGGAGUACGAGGAGACGGAGCGGCGUCACCGGGACCUGCUGCUGCUAACGGCGGAGAAAAAGCAGCGGAAGGCAGAUGGUCAGCAGCUAUCGGUGAGGAGAGAAGACCAGCAGGGCCAGACGGAGCAGGAGGUCCAAGAGGACCAGCAGGUCCAGGAGUCCUGGGGGGACCAGCAAGACCAGCAGGACCAGGAGUUCCAGCAAAACGAGGAGUUCCAGCAGAACCAGGAGUUCCAGGAGGACCAGGAGGACCUUGAGCUUCCUUACAUCAAAGAGGAGCAGGACGAACUGUGGAGCAGUCAGGAGGGAGAGCAGCUUCAAGGCCUGCAGGAGGCAGAAAUCACCAAGUUCACCUUCAGUCCUGUUUCUGUGAAGACUGAGGAUGAUGAAGAGAAACCACAGUCCUCACAGCUUCAUUACAGACAUUCUGUGGGAGGACCAGAACGAGGACUAGAACACGUGCAGCCAGGUACUGCUGACCGGACACCACACUGUUCUGAACCUGGAGUUGCUGUCAACAGUGUGGGAUGGAACAUCUGCCAGAAGUCUUUCAGCUGCUCUGAGUGUGGGAAGAGAUUUGGCUUUAAGGGGCAGCUGGAGGCCCACAUGAGGUGUCACACAGGCGAACGGCCGUUCAGGUGUUCGGUUUGUAAGAAGUGUUUCUCAUGGAGCGGACGUUUGCAGAAACACAUGAGAAUCCACACUGGGGAGAAACCUUUCAGCUGCUCAGUGUGCGGUAAAAGUUUUGUAGAAAGUGGAAACCUGAAGGUACACAUGAGGAUUCACACAGGAGAGAAACCAUUUGGUUGCUCUGUAUGUGGGAAGAGAUAUGCACAAAGGGGGAAUCUGCAGCAACACAUGGUGGUCCACAGAGGAGACCCAAUGUUCAGCUGUAGCGUCUGUAACAGAAGGUUCACAUGGCUUUAUCAACUCAACAGCCACGAGUGUGUUCCUCAGUCCUCACAGCUUCAUCACAGCCACACCGAGCAGAACACACACCCUGUCGGAGGACCAGAAGCAGAGCCACACGUGCAGCCAGGUACUGCUGACUGGACGUCACACUGUUCUGAACCUGGAGUCGCUGUCAACAAUGUGGGAUGGAACAUCUGCCAGAAGUCUUUCAGCUGCUCUGAGUGCGGGAAGAGGUUCGGUUUUCAGGGGCAGCUGAAGGCCCACAUGAGGUGUCACACAGGAGAACGGCCUUUCAGGUGUUCGGUUUGCAAGAAGUGUUUCUCGUGGAACAGAUGUUUACAGAAGCACAUGAAAAUUCACACAGGAGAGAAACCUUUCAGCUGCUCGGUGUGUGGUAAAGGUUUUGUAGAGCGUGGAAAUCUGAAGGUACACAUGAGGAUUCACACAGGAGAGAAACCAUUUGGCUGCUCUAUCUGUGGUAAGAGUUAUGCUCAAAGGGGAGGUCUGACCAAGCACCUGGAAGUGCACAGAGGGAAAAAAUGAUUCAAGACUUUGUUUAAAGGUCUCAGAAACUCUGGAGGUCACAUUUCUUUUCAUUCUCAUAAUUCUAGAACCUUCUGGCUGGUGUAAAAUGCAUGAUAUCUUCAAAUGAUCUCUCAAGUGACACUAUUUAUCAGCAAGAAACUAUAAAAAAAUAUUUAAACUUACUGAUGGUUCCUGACAAAUCAUCCAUCAUGUUUGGCUUUAUCACAAAAAUGAACCAUAACUGAGCUUAAAAUCAGUCCAUUUACUCUGCAUGUCUCAUUAUACAGUUAUCCAGACUAACCUAUUGAAACUGUUCGCUCUAAUCAGAUUCUGUACAAAACAAAAUACUCACAGCUGAUUCUCUGUGAGUGACUCAGCUCUGACCAACAGUGAAAAUUCAGAGUUUUCAGGUGAACUGCAGGCAGUGUUUCCACAGAGCAGAGGACACGGAAGCUAAUUGAAAAUCUACUUUAAUAUAUAUAGUGUGUGGAGGCUCCAUUUUUUUUCAGUGUUGGUAACAACUGUGACACUUGGAAAUGUUGAUUGCAGUUUUUUUUCAUUUUUUGUAAAAUAAAUAGUCAAAACUAUUUAACUUUUUUCUUUACUCUGGUUUUUAUAUGCCUUGAUUCUGUGUCGUAGUGACAGAAGACAUUUCUGAGUUCUCUCUCUUCUCCACGGUUGUUCUGUUUCCAUAGAGGACUUUGUGUUGCAGUGAAAAUAUGAGCCGCAGUGCGGAAAAAAGACAAAGGAGCAAAAGAACGCCCAGAAACUGUUUGGUGUUCAAAUGGUUAACGAGAAUGCAUCUCUCUCUGCAGUUGUUUCAAGCUUUCAAGCAGCAAGCUGUUGAAUAAUGUGCUAAUAAACACUUGUAUUUGUGACCAUCAUCUGUAAAUAUGACUCUGGCUGAUAAAAGAACAUAACUGACUCCAGUGCUCUGAUCAAUCUGUGUUUAUUCCACAGUAGCCAGAAUGUGCCAUUACAUCUGAGAAAUAUUUCACUUGCUUGUGCCCUUAAAAUCAUAUUAAACAUUGAUUUUAACAGACA